CCAAGCAUCAACUGCGCCAUAAUGCCUCGAUCAUAGCCUCUGUAACUUUGCAAGGGCGCUUAUUGAAAUCGAAUUACAAGCCACCUUUCUGAUGUUGGUUCAAUUAAGCGGCCAAACAUCCUUACCAAGACAAACAAAGAAAACAUAGUAUCACAAAAAGAUGGCAAGGAAGCGGCUGUCCAACAGCAAAGUUGGUGAUAAAAUAAACCUUUUCGAUAAAAUAGCUCGACAAAACAGCUUGCAGAUAACCCCGGCACUCGCUCAAAUAACCUAUAUAACUUCUAAGCGCCUUGACCGAGAAGGUUAGUUGUUGGGUGUACCACUUAAGGACUAAAAUAAAACGAAUAGAUACUUGAGUCCUAAUAUUUCAGCGGUUAUGAAGUAACGUCAAUAGCAGCUACUAACGGAUUUUCCCAACAUAUAAUUAACAGCUGGUCGCCCGUGCAAUACGAACUUAUCCUUCACUAUGUAUAGUUCUACCUUAUUCAUACCAACCUCUUCUAAGUGUACUUUCUACGCAUUCUGCCUUUCCUCUUCACCAUGGCUUCGCAAUCGACAACCUCCAGCUCCUCUAGCUCAGCUCCGCCUGGCCAUACACCUGCUCACCGUAUACCCACAGAUUCGUCUUAUUAUAGUUUCAAUGGGAACCCGUGGGAUAGGCGGAAUCCCGAGUCCCAAACGUGGAUGUACGCUCGGGAGGCGAGACAACAGCAGUCAGGUCUGCCCGACGGACAGGGAGUCCCGUAUCCUUCCUACUUCGGAAACGGUGAGAGGGUCCCUCUGUCAACCCCCGGCUCCGCCUUAGCGCCAAGCGGGCGACAUGGGUGGCUUCAUCAUCCCCUUAUUCCAGGGCGGACAACUACCUGGACUCCUGGGAGUAAUACACGUCCGGGAGGCGUACGUAGUAUCUAUACGGAUGGAAACAUAGUUGAAUUCGAUGUUGGGUACCACGAUGUGAGAAUCGGGACUACUGGAAGGGGAUCUGGUAAAUUUGCGGUAGCGAACUACCACUCCGCGGCAGCACCACCACCUCCCCGGACCCGGACCACAUAAUGGCAAUUCAUUCAGGAUAAUGUGUCUGCAAGGUGGCCGUGAUGAGUGACUAUUUGACUAGUCUUUUCUUGUUUCAUUAAUGACCUUGGGGAUAUAUUAUAUACCUAUGCUUGGAUUAUUAGAGGCGAGAAGCUGGGAUGUUUUAUAUCCUCGCUCGGGGAGCUCACACAUACCUUAGCCAACACGGGCUGUUAGCAUGUAUGCAUGUGAGUCCUUUGCUCUAAGCGUCUUGGUGGUCUCGGAGGGUUGAAAUCGCGGACGUGUUUCUGAACUGUCAGAUAUUGUGGUUUUGAUUAGCAGCUUCUAUGAGGUUCCAUGUUGGGUAUUUGAAUAUUCAGA